AUGGCAAAUCGGUCUUGUAUAUGUCAAGUUCUAGCAGCUAUUAUUUUUCUUAUUGGUGCCGGUUUACUAACAGCUGGUUUAGUUAUUGUAUUAGGUGUUUUCCCAACGGCAGUCAAUAAUCAAAUAAAUGAGGUAUGGGAAGUUUAGAGUGAUAAUUACAAUUUCCUUUUCAGCAAAAAGUAUUAGGACUGAAUAGCGAUGGAACAUAUAAUUCAUUCACUGAUAGUUGGGUCAAUAAUAAAUAUAUUUCAACGAUGCAAUAUUGGGUUUUCAAUUAUACAAAUACAAUUGGUAUUCAGAAUAGAGCUAUUUUCCCAGAUAUGAUUGAAAAAGGACCAUAUGCAUAUGAGUGAGUUGUUGGAAAUAAGAUUUUUUUUAUUAAUACAUUUUCAGUGAAAUCAUAAAAAUGGAUAAUAUUGCGUUUUCCGAGGAUGGUGAAUUUAUGAAUUUCCGACAAGUCCAAACAUUUGUUUUCAACCCAAAUAAGUCUUGUGCAGGUAUUUUCAUCACAGGGUAUAUUUUUUUCUUAAUUUUCCUUUUAUUUUUUGUAGAUUGCGACCCAUAUAAAGACAAAAUCCUUAUUCCGGAUAUUGGUUUCCAAGUUGGAAUUGAUACAAUUGAUACAGCUUUGCACAAUCUUUUAUAUAAUCAACCGAUUGCAAAACUUCUUUGCCAGAAAAUUAUGCAGGUUAGAUUUGUGAAACCAUAAAAUGAUAUUGUGUUCUUCAAUCUUUUCGUGGUGUCUUUUUAUCAGAGAAAAUUGAUAAGGUUGUAAAAUAAUAUAAAAUAAAAACAUGGAAAAUUCAGGGGCGAAACGUGGCAGAUCCAGUGAAAGCUUGUCAAAAUAUUGCCGCAUUGAUUGAAGGAGAACUUGGAACUAUGAUGACAUUGUUUGGUGUUUCACCAUUUACCACUGUGGUGAGUUAAAUGUGAGAAGGUUGAUGUGAAUCUGCAAUUUUCAUGAUGAAAUUUUUUUUCUCCAAAAGAAGGUGUUUUCAGACUGUUGAUCAAUUGUUGUUUUCUGGAUACAAAACACCAAUUAUUGAUGAUUUUGUGAAUGAAGCUAUAGCAAUUCUCAAAUUCCUUCUACCAGUUUUGCCACUGAAACCUCUUGCAAACCCUCCAAUUCAAUUAAAUGUGAGUUUUUUUAAAAUCAAAACUGUCAAAAUUAUUCUCCAAAAAAAUCACCAGAAUAAGGGGCAAAUCGAGUCUUAACAUUCUUUAUUCUCUGGAAAAUUGAAAAAAAUUACAUAAUUACAAAAAAAAAGAAAUUUUUCAGCCCCUCAAUGGAACUAGCGAUGUGUUGUACACUGUCUUAACUGGUAAAACCGAUCCUCUUCAAGCCGGAUAUAUCACCCAAUUUUCCUCAAUGACGAAUCAAACAUUAGGAUCAAUUGGUGACACUUUACCACCAUCUUGGUGGCCAUAUUCAAAUUCGACGUACUGUAAAGAUUCAAAAAGUGCCCUCAAACUCACAGGAACUAGUAAGUUUUUUUUUGUUGAAAAAAUUAAAUCAACUUUAAAUAUAUUUUUAGACGCUGAUUUCUUCAAAAACUUCAUCAAACCUAGUGAAAACUUGCCAGUUUAUAUUUCCGAUAUUUGUCGAUCGGCAAUUUUAUCAUACGAUGGAGAUGUCACAGUGAAAGGUAUCAAAGCUUAUCGAUAUGUUUUGCCACCAUCUCAGUUUGACUAUACCCUUGAUGAAAAUUGCGGGUAAGUGUGAAACUUAAAUUUAAUAAACUUCAGAAUUUUUUUAAAGAUUCUGCAUCCCAUUGAAGUAUGGUGCUUACGAAUAUCCAGCUGAAAGUGCUUGUUUGCCAAGUGGAUUAUUGGAUAUUAGUGGAUGUACUGGUGCUCCGAUUGUUAUGUCGAAACCACAUUUUUAUCAAGCUGAUAAAAUUGUGAAGAAGUUUGUGCCGAGAUUCAAACCAGAUUAUGAUACUGAUCAGACUACUAUUGAUAUUGAACCGGUAAGUGAAUAAUUUUGAUGAUAUUUCAAAAAAAAAAUGAUUCAAUAAUUUUGAGGAUCUGAACAAGUCAAAUCGUAUUUUUGAAGUUUUUAUUUAACGCAUCCCUCUCUUCACUUUUAUAACUCGUGAAAAUUUACCAUUUCAGAACUCUGGAACUGUUCUCCAAGCCCAGAAAAAGUUACAAAUCAACAUGCUCGUCAACCAAUACAAAAGAAUCAAAUCAUUUUCCGUAAUGCGACCCGGAGCAUAUCCACUUGCUUGGUGUAACGAAUCAUUCUACAUGGAUCAAAACACCGAAGACCAAUUGAAUACUCAAUUAUUCGGACCAAUAAAUACAGUGGAUACAAUUUGUUGGAUAGCAGUUGGCCUAGGUUCCGGUCUUAUUCUUCUAUCAAUUGUUAUGAUUGUGGUGUCGAUUUGUUGUUUCCGCGAAGAUCAUAAGAAAACCUCGUAA